AUCUAACCAUGGUUAAAUCCCCAUAUUCUAUAAAUGCGCCCGACACUGUCCUUUUAAGACACAAAGAACGUUUACUGCUAAAAGAAGCCAUCACAUUUCUCCUUCAUCCCCCUCCUUCAAUAUGACUUUAUUCUCCACAAAUCCACGUGAGGUUACGAAAAUGGCAGAGGAUUCCUAUGAAGACGCCAUUGCAGGACUGAAAAAGCUCCUCAGUGAGAAGAAUGAGCUGGAAGAUGCAGCGGUGGCGAAGAUACGGCAGUUGACGGCGGAGUUGGAAGGUGCCGGCGGGAAAAAGUCUGACCCGGAUGAGAAGAUCCGAACCGGAUUCGCCCACUUCAAGGCGGAGAAAUAUGAGAAAAAUCCUGAGUUGUUUGGACAGCUUGCAAAAGGUCAAAGUCCUAAGUUCUUGGUAUUCGCCUGCUCUGAUUCCCGAGUAUGCCCAUCCCAUAUCCUCAAUUUCCAGCCAGGGGAAGCUUUUGUGGUCCGUAAUAUUGCAAACAUGGUCCCUCCUUUUGAUCAGACAAAAUAUUCUGGAGUGGGUGCAGCAGUCGAAUAUGCAGUUGUCCACCUAAAGGUGGAGAAUAUUUUGGUGAUUGGACACAGCUGUUGUGGAGGUAUUAAAGGGCUAAUGUCUAUCCCUGAUGAUGGGUCCACAAACAGUGAUUUCAUUGAAGAAUGGGUCAAAAUCUGUCUGCCGGCCAAAGCAAAGGUAAAGGCAGAAUGCUGCCAUUUGGAUCCCACUGAACAAUGCACAAAAUUAGAGAAGGAGGCAGUGAAUGUAUCACUAGGCAACUUAUUGACAUAUCCAUUUGUAAGAGAAGCUGUGGUGCAGAAAAGCCUUGCACUGAAAGGUGGACACUACGAUUUUGUGAAUGGAUCUUUUGAGCUCUGGAAUAUUGACUUCAAUCUUACCCCUUCUGUUUCACUCUAAACCGUUGCAAAACUGUAACUUGACAUGUAACCAAUGCAAAUCCGUUUCAAAUUUUUCUUCACUUUGCAUUUUGAUGUAAAUUAAAUGUAUUACUGAACAAUGUGUGUCACACAAAUAAUAUUAACCGGCUGUUUGAGCUUUGGGCUUAUCUUAAGGUUUUGUUUUCGGUGAGCCAAAGUUUUACAGACCAGUUAUACUAUGUCGAAUAUAAGAUCUUUUAUCCAUAAA